CACGCUUGCCGCGCACUUUGCCGCUUUUAGUCGCUACUUAACCGUCCUAUCGCUCGCGACGACGAGCCACCGGGACGGGGCUCUCGGCUCUCCUCGCUCGCUCGAAGGGGGCCACGCGUGCUUACGCGUUAUCGCGAAAGCUUGAAUUACGGCAAAGCAUAAAACACGAGCGAGAUGCACCGGUCGCGUCAAUUGCGUCAACGAGCGUCGCGCGGACCGCUCGCCCUGUUUCCACGCCGAGGCGAAUAAAAUCGGCUCGCCCGGAUCCGAUGAACCAACCUCGCCGAGAAAGAGAGAGACAACCUCGCAUAUACGAAGCCAGCCAGCCAGCCGGUCGUCAAACGCGUCACGAGUCGCGAGACGCGUGGAGAAACGUCAGUGGAAAGGUUCGCGUCGUCGCCGACCCUGAGAGCGCUAACGCUCACGCUAACGAGGAGGACAAAGUUGCGCACCUUCGUGCUCUCUCUCUCUUGCCAUCCACUACGACCUGGGUGCGAAGAAUCGGCUCGAACCGGAGACGUGAGCCUCGGGGAAACAGCAGUCUGGUAAAAGCGGGCCAAGGUGUCAAAGACGUCAAUCGUCGCAACGUAUUAGCGUCGUAAUAGUCGUCCCUGUCGCGUGACGGACCCGUCACGAGACUCGCUAACGAUCACGUUAACGCGGCGGACGCGUGAUCCCAGCGACGGUCGCGCGCAGUUCCUUCAGCGUCGUUCAGCGACCGCGCUCUCCCGGCUUUCCUCGAUCGCGUUUAAUAGCGCGACCGGAGCCGAAUCGGAGCCGGUCCCACGGCGACGACGGAUCAGUUUCGAGCGCGUUCGAAGAGGGGCCGCACACGACUCGUCGCGCUGCUGAGUCGCGCGCUGAGUCGUUAGCAGAGAGCGGAAGAUGGACAUCGACAUGACCGGCAGGAUGAGCAGAGCCGGCGAGGAGUUGACCAAGAGGCGGGUGUCCAUCAGCGAUCAGAUCAUGGGGCUCGAUAAUCCCGGCUUCGAGCACCAUCGGCGCAUCAGCGCGAGCUCCGAGCACAAUUCCGAGCAGAGCAGGCGGAAGUCGAUCCUCCACCACGGCGGCGUCAGCCAUUGCGACAGCGCGGAGAACAUUCCGCAGUACAAGCUCGAUCUGGAGAACGGCCGGAUCAACGGUAACCGGAAGAAGUCCGCCUACAGCCUGUCCAGCUCGAUCCGCGACAAGAUCGAGUAUUCCGAGGAGCUCGAGAGGUCGUGGUUGUAUCUAUUUUGCGCGCGAUGUCACGGUCGCGACGACACACCGUCGUGGGAGCCGCCGGGAUGGAGAAGAGCCUGCCCGCAACCGUUCUGCCCGACGUACCGGAAGUUCGCGCGGGUCCUCUGCCUCUUCCUGCUCGGCCUGCUGCUAUGGGGCAUCACUUACUCGGUGAUUGGCGCAGACGCGGCACCGGGCGGCCCGCUCUUCGCCUUGGCCUUCCUCUGCAUAGCCGCGCACUUCGGAGGCUGGCUCAUCUCCCUGACCACCUUACCGGCCUUGAUCGGCAUGCUCGUCACCGGCCUGAUGCUGCGGAACACGGGACUCGUCCGGAUCGGCGGAGAGUACUCGGUGGUGGUCUCUAAUCUACGGAAAAUCGCCUUGGUCAUCAUACUGACCAGAGCGGGUUUGGAUCUCGAUCCGAAUGCCCUGAAGAGGCUAAAGGUCACCGUGCCGAAGCUCGGCCUGAUACCGUGGGUGGUGGAAGCGACGGUGGUCGCCGCGUUGACGACGUAUCUCCUGGGUUUGCCAUGGAUAUGGGGUUUCCUGCUCGGCAGCAUCAUAGCAGCCGUCUCACCAGCCGUCGUCGUGCCUUGCCUCUUCAGGUUACGUGCCAAAGGUUACGGAGUCGCCAAGGGCAUUCCGACGCUGAUUAUCGCGGUGGCCGGGAUCGACGACGCAGCGUCGGUGGCGGUACACGGCAUCGUCAAGAGCGUCAUGUUCUCCCACGACGCGCUCUGGUACCAAAUUCUACAGGGGCCCAUCGCCAUCAUCGGCGGCCUGGGAUUCGGUAUUAUGUGGGGCUGGCUGGCUAAAUACGUGCCGGAAAAGGGCGACCCCUUCAUGGUGCCACUGAGAGUGCUGAUGUUACUCGGGGGUGGGUUGUUGGCGGUCUUCGGCAGCGAGGCAAUCGAGCUCGGUGGUGCUGGGCCGCUCGCGGUCGUAGCCGCAGCUUUCGUCAGCUGCUACUUUUGGCAGCAGGAAGGCUGGGAAGUGGACGAUAAUCCGGUUGCCACGUCCUUCGAGAUCUUUUGGAUGAUAUUCGAGCCGAUCCUGUUCGGCAUCACCGGCGCGCAGAUCACGAUCGCCGAGCUCGAGGGUAAGACCGUCUAUCUCGGGCUGAGCUGUCUGAUCGCCGGCAUCGUCAUCCGGAUCGCCGUCACCGUGCUGGUCGGGAUCGGCUCGAACCUCAAUCUCAAGGAGAAGGUGUUCAUCGCGCUGUCGUGGAUGGCCAAGGCGACCGUGCAGGCGGCAUUGGGGCCCAGCACCCUCGACGUGGUCGACCAGAACGAUGAACAGCAGAAGGAGUACGCCGACACGGUGUUGACGUUGUGCGUGCUCUCGAUACUUCUCACCGCGCCGGCCGGCGCCAUCGUCAUCUCGCUUUCGGGGCCGAAGCUCUUGACGAAGACUACCGCGCCGGUGGUGCCGCCGGAGGCCUGGAAGACGCGCAGACCGUCGAUCCGCGACAUCUCGAUCAUCAACGAGGACCCGGACCUCGAGGAGACGGCGAACGAGAGGAAACCUUGACAAUCGCAUUUGAUCCGCGUGCAAUCUCGAACUGAGCAGUCCCCUUAGUAGGAUAGGACCCUUCGUUCGCGCGACCUCGGAAAGCGGCCUCGAGAAAACGGCCGGAAGUGCCCUUCGUUCGUCGGCGACUCGCAGUCGUGACGGACAUUCAUGAGCCGUACGUCUGCGUACGGUGUGCGCCGAAGUGUUUUGAAUGACUAACGCAGCAACUAUUGACAGUCCCUAUGUAUUAUCAAUGGUGGUAGAAACCAAUGUUUGCAAUUAUUGACAGCUGCUCGAUCGAUAUCCAGAGGUGUCCAUGGUCGAAAAUGGAAUACGCACGACGAUGUUUCCGUAUGGGAGAAUCCGUACCGGGGAAAAGCCGGCAGCGGAUAGUGGAGACUUUCUUGGUUAUUUCUGAUUACGAUACUUUCUCAAUAGUUUCAUUUGCGGUUUACAUACCUCUCUGCUUCUGACCACUUUACGCACGAGAUUUAUUAGCGGGAUUUACGAGCGUCCUUAAUCACACAUAUGUACGUUGUUUUUAAUUUUCCUUUCAUUAGCGAUAAUACUAAUUUUGUCGCGUGUCUCUGGAGGAGAACGAAGAGAGGCAACCAGAAGUCCGUUGUAGGGGAGAUAUUCAAAUAUAAACUCGUAACAUCAGCAGUCCUUUGCUACGGUGAAACUUCGCGUUAAAUUUUCGUCGAGAUGACGUUAUUGUUUAUCCCGGCGGAAGGGAAGCGCAUUGGACGAAGGUUCGUCAACCGGACGAGUAAAUGACACUUCCGUGACGAGCGUGUAAACGCGGUCGACCGCGUGGCGGCUCGUCGUUAAUGUUAUUAUUGAUUAGGCGCUCCGCUUUUGGAAACCGGUCGAUUAACGAUCGUCUGUGCCGCACGGUGGUCGUUUUAAAACAGACUUUACGGCUUUAAACGAGACGUUUGUAUGGGCGAUGAAUAAGUGAUGCGCGCGAGGCGAAACGUCUAAACGCCGGAAUCGCCGGCCACGGAAUUAUGCCGAGCGUGAUAUUUCAGUGUUCUCUUCCGCGAAGACGAGCCUUUCGAGGGAGAUAAGCCAGGCGAGUUUAAAUUUUGACGUGCGGCAUAAAAAUUUUACUAUCGACGGUUCCGGCGCGAGCCGCGAUCGGCCUUCGCACCGUGAACAAAUGUAUUGUUGCGAGAAGCCAGAAUUUUACUAUUAGGCUCCGUUUGAAUAAAUGCUGAAAAUAAAGGCAAUAUUUUGCUAUU